AGUGCAGUCGUUGUUGUACUGUAUUCCAGCAGUGCAGGCCAGAGGAAACUGGUUCUUCUUGGCCCUACAGAGUUAGCACUUGGCGUGAACUUGGAUUUGUGGUCCUCUGUUUGUGGAUUGCCAUGGAGACAUCUGAUUUUGUCCAGAACAAAUUAACUGAGUGGGGCUUCAGUGAGUUCGUGCAGAAAUUUGAAGAUGAAGGUAUUGACAAGGAGACUUUCCUAAGUCUUGGAGAUUCAGCAGGGAUCAAUGCCUUGAUUCCUAAAGUUGGACCAAGAGUAAAAUUCAAAAAGAGACUCAAAGAAUACUUACAGUGGAAUUCCAUGGAGACGUGUGAUUUUGUCCGGGAUAAAUUAACUGAAUGGAAUCUCAGUGAGCUGAUUCAGAGAUUUGAAGAUGAAGGCAUUGACAAGGACACUUUCCUAUGUCUUGAGGAGUCAGGCACCUUGAAUGACUUGAUUCCUAAAACUGGACCAAAAGUAAAAUUCAGAAAGAGACUCAAAGAAUACUUAGAGACCCUGAAAAGAAAGCUUGCUUAUACUCCUGAAAUGAUGGACACUGAAACUGACACAAAUUCAGACCAAGAGGACAGCCCUGAACUGGACCCAACUAUUUUUCCAUGGCACUUUGAGUCUACUUCAACAUCUGACACAGAUCGUGACAAUGAAAUGGUAAGAAGUUUUACUGUAAAGCUCCAAUCGGACAGGAUUUAUUUGUGUCUGGGUGGUGAGGUGGGUUUAACAUUACAUGCACUGGACAGAGAUUUUAAUCCCGUCUGGAGCAAGUAAGUGGGUAUUUUACACCCAGGUAAUGAUUACAUUAAUACUAAGCUACUGUUUUCUGUAACUCGCUGGUCCUCCUUUAUUUUAA